AUGAGACUGCAGGUCUGCCAUUACGUCGUCCCGUGGGAUGCCGAGCUCUUCGUGAACGCUCAGGAAAACCUCGCGCAGCAUGUCCAAAUCAGCGAACAACGAUAUCAGGCAGGUACGUAUCGCAUUAUCAAUGGAACGAAUGCAGCCAUCACACAGUUCCCGUAUCUAGUGUCCGUACAGCGAAACUCUGGAGGCCAAAAGAAGCAUAUUUGCGGUGGAGCUUUCAUCAGUCAAAAUUGGAUUCUAACAGCAGCUCAUUGUCUACAGGAUGAAACAGCGAAAGGAUUGGUUAUCCGAGCGGAGUCAUCGUUCCACGACAGUGGAGGAGUAUUGCUCCGAGUAGCAGAAAUUAUCAAACAUGCGAAAUUCAAUCCCGAAUACAGUAAAGAUUAUGACUAUGGACUGAUUCGAUUGAAGAAAUCAUUCGAAAGAGCUGUCGUAGCGCAUCUCAAAAAGGGCCCCAAACGGUUCCCACCGGGUCAGCUGUGUCAGGUGAUGGGUUGGGGCAAAACCAGUCACUCGGACGAUAGCAGGAGAUUGUUGUCGAUUUCGGUGCCAAUUGUAAAACAGAGCAUAUGUCGGUUGGCGUACCGUUCGGUGGACACAAUUACACCGCGGAUGCUGUGUGCAGGAUAUAGCUCGGGGGAGAAGGAUGCUUGUGAGGGUGACUCUGGUGGACCAUUCAUAUGCAGAGGGAUUCUGACAGGUAUAACAUCCUGGGCAGAAGGAUGUGCUGAGAAAGGCUUUUAUGGGGUAUACAGUUAUAUCACACCGGUUCGGAGUUGGAUACGAAGUAAAACAGGAGUGUAGGUGAAGAAAUGUUGACUUAAUUAUUAAU